AAGUGACUUUUUGACAGGACUCUGAAUGUCACAAUAGCAUAACCGUUCUUUCUAUUUUCUUUUUGAUCCCAAAGAUAUCACAUUUCCUUAACGUGACAUUUUUGAUUUUAUUCGUACUCACCAGAUCAUCCGAAUCUCCAACAAAGCUUGAUGACAGAAGCACCACACAUAUUGUUUUGAUCUUCCAAUCCAUUGUUUUGUAGCUGCCGCAAAUCAAUAUUUUUCAGUUUUUGAUAUGAAUCAAGCCGCUUUUUUAUAUGUCCAUCCUUCCAACUGGCAAGCUGAAGUUUUAGCUCAUCAUCAAAGGCUAAGCAAUUCUGCCUUCGUCAAAGAGGCCAACAAGAUGGGAGCGUCUCACCAUCCACCAUGGAAGAAGAAGCGUGUCACUCCCGUGUGGCAGCUUCUGUUUUUCCUCUACUGCACGGCGGCCGCCUCCGUCCUCGCGACGCCCAAUGUGGAACCGCCUGCGGCUGCCUCUCCCGACGUCCUUGCGAAGACCAAGGCGGAGCUGCCUGCUGGCAGCACCCGCAUGCGCUUUCACAGGGACUGGUUUCUGCAACAGGCUCAGGUCCAGCUCGACCAAUUCGGGAUGAUGCACGGCACGCGCGCCCCCGACUUCUGGCCGUUGGACUUCUUUCGAGGAAGAUCGACCUUGGCCACGUAUUACAAAGAGCUAAUGUUGAGACUGAUGCUGCACGGCGGAACCGUGAGAAAGAAAAAUGGCGAGACAGAAAUCGUGAAACCGUUCGAGAUGCCGACUAAGGAUGAAAAUGCCAAAAUCAGCAUCCUUGACGAACGGCAUUACACGAAUCGGAUGAAGCGAGAAAUCAAGCGCUUGCUGGAUGAGGUGCUGAAGGACCAAAUUACUGCCAAAAUUAAGCAGAUCAAGGCGCAAGAAAUAAGGAAAGACGCACAGACAUUGGCGGAACAACACGCACGCCGAAAUGCACAGCAGCAGGCCGGUGCUGCGACCGAGGUUUUGCCGAGAGAUCAGCGGAUGCGGCUGGGAGUUGUUGGCCUUGCCCCGGGUGAGAGUCAAAUCGUUGGAGGGCCGUCGCAGUUUUUGCAGACGCCUCGCCAAAGACGGACACCUGCUAGUACUUCUGGGCCUCUAGGUGGGCACAGUGUGCAGAAGCAGACCCUCGGCUUGACAAAAAGCACCAGGUCCGCAACUACAACGAGUCAAGGUGGCGUUCGCGGGGGUAGUUCUAGUUCCUCGCUCCUGUCUUCUGUCAAAGAGAUGAAGGACCACGAGCAACAUUCCGGAGAUGAGUCCUGCACCACGGCGGCGGCUUGUGGGUCUAGUAUGUAGUGAGGUCACCGAACGGUUCUAACCGGGGAGUUUUUUUGCCACCCAGCCAGAAAACGGCCGCCAUUUUGCAAGCGGGCGGAAGUGUUUUUUGACAAAAAAAAAUUUCAAUUAUCAAGCGGCUUUGGCUGUGUCGGCACCGAAUCGCCAGCGGAUUCUAUCGAUCGCCGCUGGGUAAAACGACGCAGAGAAGCCAGCAAAAGGGGCGCCCUUCUGAGGCGCCCGCCGCCUUGGUUUCUGGCGAUUUGGGACGCCCAAAAAGGGGCGCGCAAAAAACGCGCCCAAAAUCAGAACAGCGAAACAGCAUGGCACGGCCGCGAUUUCGGAGCAUCUUGGGCGGCCGCGAAAGCGGCCGCCUUUUCGCCGGUUUCAGAGCCUGGGAAGCUUUGCAAAAGGCGCUGGCGAGAAAUAUAAAAACGGAAAAAAGAAAAAGCGCGCCAGACGCGCAAAGCGAAAGCCAAUCCGCAUGCUAUGGGCCCGAUUUUCCCUCGCUUUUUGGGCGCCCCCCGUGGCGCCCGGAUCGGCCUCAUAGCAUGGGGGCUGGCUUACGGAAAGGAAUUUCGAAAAUUUAUCAAAAUUCGCGACGCUUAUCGGGCGGCCGCCAUACCGUGGGGCCUAACGUUACUCACGGCGGUAUGGCGGGCCCGGAAAAAUCAAAGCCGCGGCCAAGGCGACGGCCGGCAAAAAAACGCCCACGACCUCACUACCUCCGCCCCGGCGGCUAUAUUUGGUACUCGGCGGACUUCGUCGCGCGAUUCCACGCCCUGCGUGUUCGGCAUCACCUCCGAGAACGAUGAGCCACAAAAGCCCCGCGACCAGACCGGGAAAGAGAAACUCUUGAGCCCCCGCCGCGGCAGCGUCACAGCGGGCGAAUUAGGCAGCAGCAGUAUCGCGACACCCGCAGCUGGUGCACCACAAGCAACUACAGCAGGCUCCGCGAGUUUCUUACAGAAUAGAUCCAACUCCACGACCGAGGCUACUGAACGCAACAAGAAAAUGUGUUUCACCACCGGCCCCCUCGAGAACCACAGCCACCGCGAGAUGGUGCGGGCGACGAGUCCGGGCGGGAACGCUACAACAACAAGCAGGACCGACUGCGCUGCGGCCGCGAACAGCUGCGGGUCGGAACAUCAUGUUGGGCAGGCCGAUAGGAACCAAGGCCUUGGCUACCGCACGUUGAGCGAUCUCGGACGUGGCCAGGGUGACGAAGGCCAAUGGCAAGUAGCCUUGAACCGGCUUGACUGCAUGGACGGUAGCAAAAUGUUGGUCGGCUCUACGCGCAUGAGCCAGCAAAGAGAUGAUCAUGCAAAUGGUAAUGUCGAUGAUGUAGAUGUUAAUCAGGAUUUUCUGGAUCGCUUCGCGGACUUAGUAUCGGUGGCGUCCAUCGAGUUCGACGGAAAUUCGGCCUCCGAAUCGCACUCGCAGAGGCACUUGCGCAGUGGUGCGGCGUCGAUUGCUGGGGAACUCGUGUCGGAGCCCGAUAGCUGUUCGUUUGCCUUUGCGGACGACGACUCUCAACAUUCCUCGUCUGUCGCCAUGUCAGCGUUCGCUCGGGACGACUGGACGAUGGUUGGUGAGCCGGAAGAGUUGCCUCCUGCGUUUGCAGGGAUGUUUGGAGGUGGAAAUGCGACGCAAGAACCUCGCUCAGGUAUCUAUCCUCGCGAAUUGGAUCCGAAUGGCGAUUCCGCGGAAGAAAGCGGUGAAGAGAAUGAAGCGUUGCCCUUCUCCGGUGACGUUCGGCCAAAAGCUUCCUGAAGACUCAAGUUACUUACCGCAUCCACAUGUACCGAGAGGGAGGUACAACCGAUUAAUGCUCGUCGUGUUUGUGCAAGUGCAUAUUCAUAUACAACAAGAUGCAACACAGUACUACUGUUUCAGUUUAUUUUCUUUGGCUGUAGUUGUCUCCUUGAAAAUAGAAAUACCACUGACGCAAUUUCGUGGUCGUGGUGCAUACUAUAUGUUUCUCAAAGAAGUCAAAAUAUCAACACCAGGUGGGUGAACAUGACAAACGACGCAGGCGGAAACUCUGCAGUGAAGAUGCACUCUUGAUCGCGUGUCCAGAACAAAACAAGAUAGCCGCACCUACGUACAUUUUGCAGAAGACCACAACAGGAGCAUGCACAGAUUUUCGGUUGAUCCGUGUUUUGGCCGACAAAUUCGGUCGAAGGAACGAUUGAUACUUGCCUAGACGCUGGUGCGCCACGUCCUCGUUUUAGAAAUGCGAUCCUGUCGACGAAGGAAGACGCAUCAACUACAGUGUCGACGAGAAGAAGAACGAUAACGGAGGACACGGCCGUCGCACCUGCAAUACGCUGCAAAACACUUUAGUCAUGCAGCCACAACAUAGCGAAACUCUAACUCUUUGCCACUAUCACAAAACUACCGAAGUAGAAAAGCCACUUCCACCUUGACUCUCGCAUUUUUUUUUACUUCAUCUGAGCCCUAGCAGUAGCAUUAGCAUUUUCACGUAGAGAUGCCACAUCCACCACAUCAAGUCAAUAUUUUUGAAUCUCGCCCUGUUUUGAAAUUUUUUGUGGGCAGAAAAACGGCACUCCAAAAGCAAAACCGGAUUAUGUUUGACAUUGACUGCGAAAACGACACGGGACGAUUUGAUCACGAGCAAUGAUGAGGUGCUUUACUUUUGUUUUUGUACUACCAUGGGAUCAGAGAAUACAGCGUAAAAAAAUGAGCAACUUUUCUCUUGCUGACACCGUAGCGAGUUCUUCCGAUCAUAUGCCAAAACCGAAUGAAGAUAAACUAUCUGCAAGUAGUUCGGGAUUAUUUCUGAUGUUUCCACUUUUUGUUGGAAUUCUGCCCGUGUGUGGGCGGAAUGGGAAUCGGAAAACAUAAAGACGUUGAAAAUUGGCAUAUUAAUUAACAUAAACUAUUUUUUGCUUCGAGAAUAUAGGACCAAUUUCUUUGAACCGCAAUGUAUGAAGCUCGAUAUUUACCUUCAAUUAUUAUGGUGUCACGGAUACUGUCACUGUUGAUGUCGAUCUAUCUAUCCGUAGUUCAAGUUCUAAUUGUCUGCUCUGCCGAUCGAUCUGCUUCUGCGACAGCAUCUGAUUGUAGAUGAGUAUGGUUUAUUGCACAUCGAUAAUCGAUUCGCUAUUUUUCG